AUGAAGUUAUCCUUGACUACAUCGUUAGCAUUGAUAACAGCCAUCAAUGCAUUGCCAUUGACCAACAUUUUCCCGCAAUCGAUCUUGAACUUACCGAUUUUUAAUUCAAUUGAUGAAGAGCAUUCCAACUUGGAAUAUUUAUCUCAAUUAGAAGGAAUUGUCUCGGAUAUUAAUGAAGAAACCCUAGACGAAGGCAAAUAUAAGGAUUUACCGCUUAUCGAAACUGAAAAGUUGCAAGAGUUGAUUAGUGAAAAAGGUUUAAGGGACAGAGCAGAAAAAUUGUACAAUAUUUCUCUCAAUUCCGUCUCUGAAUACGGUAACCCAACCAGAGUGAUUGGUUCUCCAGGUCACUGGGGUACAAUUCAUUACAUUUUGAAUGAAUUGAAGAAAUUAAAAGGGUAUUAUAAGGUUAGUACUCAAAAGUUUGAUGCAAUUGAUGGUAAGGUCAAUUCUUUCUCAUUAUUAAUCGAUGGAGUCGAGCCAAAAUCAUUGGAGCCAUUGAGUUUAACUCCGCCAACACCAGACAAGAAGCCUGUUCAUGGUAAUUUAGUUUUGGUCGAAGAUUUUGGUUGUUCAUUAGAAAACUUCCCAAAGUUCACAAAAGAUAACAUUGCCUUAAUCAAAAGAGGUAAUUGUGCGUUUGGUGAUAAGUCUAUCAACGCGGGAUUGUCUGGUGCUUUGGGGGCUAUUAUCUAUGACUCUGAUGGUCCAUUGCAUGGUACCUUAGGUACUCCAACCGGUGAUGAAGUUGCUACCGUUUCUAUUUCCGAAAAAGAUGCUAAGGAAUACAUUGAUGUUUUGCUUAAGGACCCUACACAUGUCUUUGAAACAACUUUAUAUGUCGAUUCAUAUGUUAAAAACAUUACUACCUUAAAUGUUAUUGCAGAAAGUACCCAUGGUGAUCACGAUAAUGUUGUUUCCUUAGGAGCUCACUCAGACUCAGUUUCUGCAGGCCCAGGAAUCAACGACGAUGGUUCCGGCUCCAUUUCUUUAUUAGAGGUUGCAAAACACUUAUCUAACUUCAAAAUUAACAAUGGUGUCACUUUUGCAUGGUGGGCAGCCGAAGAAGAAGGCUUAUUGGGUUCUUACCACUAUGCCAACACCUUGACUGCUGAGCAAAACUCCAAAAUUAGAUUAUUCAUGGAUUACGAUAUGAUGGCAUCUCCUAAUUACGAAUACCAAGUCUACGAUGCCAACAACGAAGACCAUCCUAACGGAUCUGGUGACUUGAAAGACUUAUACAUCGACUGGUACACUAAUCAUGGAUUAAACCAUACCUUAGUUCCUUUCGAUGGUAGAUCUGAUUACGUUGGAUUCAUUGACAAUGGUAUCCCAGCCGGUGGUAUCGCCACCGGAGCUGAGGGAGUGAAAACCCCUGAAGGUAAAGAUAAGUUUGGUGGUGAAAUCGGCAAAUGGUUCGAUCCAUGUUACCAUCAAUUAUGUGAUGAUUUAAGUAACCCCGACUACGAAGCUUGGGUUAUCAACACUAAAUUGAUCGCUCAUUCUGUAGCAGUCUACGCUGAUUCAUUCAAGGGAUUCCCAGAAAGAGAAGUCACUGUUACUACAAAGUCUAACGACUUUAAAUACCGUGGUUCCAAACUUAUCAUUUAG